CCAACCUCAACAAAGCUCACAACGAGCGUUUUAUAUAGAGCAAUUUGGACAAGGUCUGGAUUUUAGGAUCCAUUUUGAAAAGUCCCGGAUAAUGAAAACAACUUUUUAUCUAUAAGCUUUCAAAGUUAGUUUUGUACCUAUUUUACUGUAUAAAUCUACCUCAAAUAAUACAUGCAUUAAGAGAGAUAAAAUAUCCAUCCCUUGUUUAAUAUUGUAGCGCUACUCUAUGCCCAUAAGUAUAAUGUAUUCCUCCUAAACGGUGGCAAUGAAUCACACAGCUCACGCGCAUGCGCACUUCCAUUUUUGAAUUUUUCAACCGACAACAAAAACUUGACAGAAAUUAAAGUUUUCACUACUUUUUCGUUGAUGUAAGAAUAUUUUAACGAUGGAGCUUGGUGGCGUAAAAGUCGGGGUCAAUGUAGACAUUCAGCGAUCCGAUGGUCGCAUCCAUUCUGCAGUAGUGAGUGGGGUAGCCAAGGAAUCCAAGAGUGUCACCGUUGAAUGGUUUGAAAAGGGAGAAACCAAGGGAAAAGAGAUUGAACUGGAGGCAGUAUUUUCAUUGAAUCCUGAAUUGACACCUCAGAACAAUCUUAGUGAAGUGAAUGUAUUAGCAGCACAGAAUGGUAAUCAACAGUCAGAGGUAAAUGAAAAAGCUCCACCUAAACAGAUACCCAGAGCUAAAAGUAAAGUGCCAACAUCAGCGAGAGCCAGACCUAGUUAUGCCAGGGGUCCAACUCCAUCAUCUGUCCAAAAUGGAGAGUCUGAGAAUCGACCAGCACCAGUAUCUGCUGGUGUCAACAAAGUCAAAAGUGAAGCAGCUAACAGACGGAAGUCUAACUGUGUUAAAGAGGUUGAAAAGAUUCAGCAGAAGAGAGAGAAAAGACGAGCGGGUCAGGCUGCUAUCAGAGAAGAUCUUUCCCAGAACUAUGACACAUCAGUCCCUAACUGGGAGUUUAUAGCAAUGAUAGAUCAAUUCCGACAAAACAUUGAAUUCCGGCCAAUUACUGCUGGAGAGCCCAUAAUUAACCACCAGAUCUGUGUCUGUGUGCGCAAGCGGCCUCUCAAUAAAAAAGAAGUGAAUAAAAAAGACCAUGAUGUGAUCACAGUUCCAAACUCUGAGAGUGUUCUAGUCCAUGAGCCAAAAACAAAAGUGGACCUGACAAAGUAUUUAGAAAAUCAAAAUUUUAGAUUUGAUUAUGCUUUUGAUGAGAACUGCAGCAACGAAUUAGUUUACAAAUUCACUGCUAAGCCUUUAGUGGAUUGUAUAUUUGAAAAAGGGAUGGCUACUUGCUUUGCUUAUGGACAGACUGGAAGUGGAAAAACACAUACUAUGGGAGGAGACUUUACAGCUAAAGGCCAACAAGACUGUAACAAAGGUAUCUAUGCCCUGGCAGCCAGAGAUGUAUUUAGGCUACUUGCCUCAAAAUACAAGAAACAGGACCUUACAGUCGGCUCAAGUUUCUUUGAAAUAUAUAGUGGAAAAGUAUUUGAUCUGCUGAACAAAAAGUCCAAGCUACGUGUUCUGGAAGAUGGGAAACAACAAGUACAAGUGUGUGGCCUUAAAGAGGAAGAAGUACACAAUGUUGAUGAUGUACUCAAGCUGAUUCACCAUGGCAACCAGUGCAGGACAUCGGGCACAACAUCAGCAAAUGCUCACUCAUCCAGAUCACACGCAGUGUUUCAAAUCAUUCUUAGAUCAAAAAAAACUCGGAAGCUUUGGGGUAAAUUCUCAUUGAUAGAUCUUGCUGGUAAUGAGAGGGGGGCAGACACAUCUAGUGCAGACAGACAGACUCGUAUGGAAGGUGCAGAGAUCAACAAGAGUUUGCUUGCCUUGAAGGAAUGUAUCAGGGCUCUAGGACGUAAAGGGGCUCAUUUGCCAUUUAGAGCCAGUAAACUUACUCAAGUUCUCCGUGACUCAUUUAUUGGAGGAAACUCAAGAACAUGUAUGAUAUCAACUAUCUCACCAGGAAUGUCGUGCUGUGAACACACUCUCAAUACAUUGCGCUAUGCUGACCGUGUAAAGGAACUAGGACCAGGAGGCCCAGUAGAGGGCAAACCAGCAGAGAUCCAUCACAACCCACCAUCAAAUGCUGUUAUGUCCCCACAGAACUCAGAUCUGGUCCUGCUUCAAACUACUAAUGAGGAAGAGAUGGCAGAUGACUUGCUGAACUUCCAUGAAGUGAUUAACCACAUGCAAGAAUUGGAGGAAGAACUCAUAGAUGAACACAAGAAUGUCACUGAACAAAUGGGCAAAUUUGUGAUAGAGAAUAAGAAAUUAUUAAAGAUGACAGAUGAAGUGGAUUAUGAUGCUGAAGCUUAUGCCAGAAACCUGGAGAACCUCCUGACCAAGAAGAUAGAUACUUUUACGAGGCUAAGAGAAUUGGUUCGAAACUAUAGCAAUGACAUGCAACAAGAGGAAUUCUUGAGUAAAAACUUCAAAAGUUCCAAGAAAUAAUAACACACAAGACUUUGUGGAGAAAAGGAGAAAUGUAAUACACAAUUGACAUGCAAGCAUUACCAAACAACAUUGCUAAGAAGAACUAGCACAAAUAACCAACUUGGAAGGAAAACUUAUUUUGAAGAUUCAGGAUUAGCCUAUUUUUACUCAUUUGAAUAUGCCAUAAUCGAUUGUAAGAAAUCUAUUAAGAC